UCCCGGAUGUACCCUGAAGUCGUCGUCGCGUCAUCAUCCUGUGAAUCGCGGUAGUGCUGCAAACAGAACAAGGUCCUCUUGUUUAUUGUUUAACGUCAGCUCCGCUGGUUAUGUCCACUCAUCCAGAAGAUGUCCAACACGCAGACCCUCACGCCGCACGUCUACUGGGCCCAGCGCCACGGGGACGUGCAGCUCCGGGUGGACCUCUGCGACGCUGAGAAUCUUGACAUCUCCCUGCAAGAAAACACCCUUCAUUUCAAAGCCCAGGGCCAUGGAGCCAAAGGCGACAAUGAGUAUCAGUUCACUUUGGAGUUCUUGGAGCCGGUCCUGCCUAAGGUUCUCCACAAGUCUACCCAGCGCCAGGUAAACAUUAAGGUCUUGAAGAAGGAGGAGGUCUGGUGGUCCAGGCUGACCCGACAGGAGAAGAAGCCCCUGUUUCUGGCCCCUGACUUCGACCGCUGGCAGGAUGAGUCCGACGCGGAGAAGGAGCUCCACGAGAAGGAGGAGAAGAGGAUAAACAAAAUAAGUGUUGAGUCUAGAAUUCGAAAAGACCCCUACCUGGGUCUGAAGAAAGGCUAUCUGUUCAUGUACAACCUGGUGCAGUUCCUGGGCUUCUCAUGGAUCUUUGUCAACAUGACCGUCCGGCUCUUCAUACUGGGCCAAGAUUCAUUCUAUGACACAUUCCACACCACGGCGGACAUGAUGUAUUUUUGCCAGAUGAUGGCGGUGAUCGAGAUCAUUAACCCUUUGUUGGGACUCGUUAAGACUGGCUUCUUUCCAGCCAUGCUGCAGGUGACGGGCAGAAACGUUAUUCUCUUUGUCAUCCUCGGCAGUCUGGAGCAGAUGCAGAGCAAGUCCGUGGUGUUCUUUGUGUUCUACCUGUGGAGCACCAUCGAGAUCUUCAGGUACCCCUUCUACAUGCUGGCCUGCAUUGACACCGAGUGGAAGCUGUUGACCUGGGUGAGGUACACCAUCUGGAUCCCCCUCUACCCCAUGGGAGUCGUAGCAGAAGCGGUGGCUGUGAUCCAGGCCAUGCCCAUCUUUGAUGAGACCCGUCUGUACAGCCUGCCCCUCCCCAAGGCCCUGGGCCAGUCGCUGAGUUUCUCCUACACCUUGCAGGUCUACCUGAUCAUCAUGUUCCUGGGUCUUUUCGUUAACUUCCGACACCUCUACAAGCAGAGGAAAAGGCGAUUCCGCUCCAGGAAGAGGAAAGCUAUCUAGCCACAACAUUCUGCUGAAAGACAGAAUGGCCCUUCUCUGUCCUGUUUCUUUUGUUUGUUCCAUUUUAAUUAUUAUUAUUAUUAUUUUUGUGUGCCUCCCCUGCCUCCCCUGACUGCCUUUGAGCUUCUUACACCAACUGUCACACACGCGUUGUAUUCCAUCCUUCCCUACCGCCUAGUGAAGUGGCCGUUACCUGACUAUUCCACUAGGGGGCGUGUUAGUUAACUCCAUAUCAAAUCCUGCCAAUCCCCGCUAAUCAUUUAUUUAAUUUGAGGGACUAAAUGCUAUUAUCACAUUAAAUGACCACCAGUGUCCAGUUAUUGAGAUAAAAAGUGGUGCUUUUGAUUAUUAUUAUUGUGAUAAUGAUGACAUAUUUGUACAAUUCCCUAGUUUACCUAUAUGAAGUAAAAACUAAUUUUACAUACAUGUUGCAUGUUAUUUGAAUGUCAACGCCCAUCAUGACAUUUGAAACAGGCCUCGGUUUUUUGGGACAUAAUGUGUAAUGGUAUUUUUAUGAAGAAGCUUGAAUAACUGGAUUAUGUUUAUUGGCUUAGCCUAUUGCAUUUUAUGGGUGUUCAUGUCUAACAGGCUGAACGCUACUUGAAGAUUCAUAAUGAGCCACCAACAACACCUCAAACACACGAUUGUCAAACAUUUUCGGUUGUUUUAAUUUUUUUACCAUUUGUUUGUAACGUCUCUUUUUACUAUUUAAAUAAAGCAGAAUGAUGAAGGAAUUCUUCCAA